GCAGGCCGGCCCCAACCAUUGCUGGGUUUCCCCCGCACCCACCAGCUCUGCCAGUGCCCCUCACUCCCAGCCCUGGCUGGGGCCAUUUGCAGAGCCCAACUUCCCCAGGCCCUGGGCGCUCAGCGUUGGUUGGUGGUUUUCUCUGCGCUUCCUGUUGAAAAAAGUCCCCACAACACGGAAGUUCCCUGGGGUGAGAUCAGGGAGGGAAGAGACCCCGAGAACCUGCCAGGGGCUGGAGCCAGCAUGAGCCGGGGGUCCAGGUCAGGGGCGCGAGGGCAGCAGGAGAACGUCCCCUCCCAUCUCCUCCUGGAUCAUGAAAACCAGCAGGUGUUCGAGCUCCUGGGCCGGAAAUGCACGACCCUGGCCACGUCGGUGGCCCAGUUGUACCAGGCCUUGCCCCCCAACAGCCAGGUCUGGGGGAAGCAGGGCUGCGGGGUCCUGUGCCUGGUGAAGGACAAUCCCCGGCGCUCCUACUUCAUCCGCCUCUUUAACCUCAAGGAGAGGAGGCUGACAUGGGAGCUGGAGCUCCUCCAGCCAGCUGGUCUAUCCGCCGUCACCCCCUAUUUCCACACCUUCCCCGGGGACGAAUGCCAGGCCGGGCUGAACUUUGCGGACGAGGCUGAGGCCCGCGACUUCUACUCGUUAGUGGAGGAGAAGAUCCAGAAGCGACAGCAGAGGAUGGAGAAACGGCAGCUCCCCCCACCACUUCCCCCGGUCAAUGAAGAGAGACGGGCGUCGACGCUGCCCCGAUGCCCGAUGCCCGGGGGAGACAUGAAUGGUCCCAGCAAACAGCCGAAUUCCCCCUCCGGCUCCUUGAACCUGGUGACGAUGGACAUCCAGAACCCGGACAUCACCUCGUCCCGGUACCGGGGGCUGCCGGUGCCCACAGCCUCCGAGAAGAAGAAGGGCAAGAAAAAGAUCUCCAAGGCCGACAUUGGCGCCCCAAGCGGAUUCAAGCAUGUCACCCAUGUCGGAUGGGACCCUAACACUGGCUUUGACGUGAAUAACCUGGAUCCCGACCUGAAGACGCUCUUCUCCCAGGCCGGGAUCAGCGAGGCGCAGCUGACCGAUGCCGAGACCUCCAAACUCAUCUACGAUUUCAUCGAGGGCCAGGGCGGGCUGGAGGCUGUGAAGGAGGAGCUGAGACGCCAGGGUCCAGCACCACCCCCGCCCCCCAUGACCCGGUCCGGGCCCCUCCCUCCCCCACCCCCUUCCUCAGCGAGAGGCAGGUCUGGCCCGUUGCCCCCAAUCCCAGGCGGCCCCCCACCCCCCUCAUCUAUGCCAAAUAGGGGGCCUGUUCCCUCCCAGCCUCCCAGGGGGCAUCAGCCCCCUGCUCGUGGGCCUCUUCCCCCUGUCUCCAGGUCUGGUCCGCCCCCCCCUCCUCCUGCUUCUGGGGCAGCCCCCCCACCCCCACCUCCCCCCCCACCCCCUCCACCCCCAGUAUCUUCAGGGCCUUGUCCCCCUCCUCCACUUCCUUCAGGGGGGGUCAGCUCCUCAGGGGGCCAGCCCGCUCCCCCCCCAAAAGGGCGUGGGGCCCUGCUGGACCAGAUCCGCCAAGGCAUCCAGCUCAACAAGACCCCCGAGAUGCUGGACUCCCCGCUGCCCCCGCAGAGCUCCGAGGGCCUGGUGGGGGCGCUCAUGCACGUCAUGCAGAAGCGGAGCAAAGUGAUUCACUCCUCAGACGAAGGCGAGGACAACGGCGGGGACGAGGAGGACGAUGACGAAUGGGAUGACUGAGCUUUGUCCCCAGCAAGAAAAGCUCCUCGCCUUGUGUGCUGGGCGCUGUGCCCCACUCCCCUGGGUGAUCCCCCAGUCCACCUGGCCCCUCUGCAAUAAAGACAGCUCUCCGCUUGA